AUGCAAGGAGUGGUGGAAGGGCAAUAUGAGGAGGUGAAUGCUUUGCAAGGGCAAGGAGGGUGUGGUAGAAAUUACAAUAUGAAUUCUAACAUUUACCACCCCGGUUUGAGAAACCAUCCAAACUUCCGCUACGGGAAUCCCUCGAAUCAAGCCAACCCAAAUUUUCAAGGAGCUCAAGGUAAUUUUUCACCUCGCCAACAAUACAAUCAAGGGAACUAUCGAGGUGGAAAUAAUUAUGGCUAUCAAGGGCAAUCUCACCAAACGGGUCAAGGUGGUUCGGGUCAAACUUCAUCAAGUGGAAAUGAGGUCAUGGAGAUGCUCAAGGCAAUGCAACUAGAGAUGCAGCGAAGAAAUCAAAUGGAUGAUGUUCGCAUGCAAAAAGAUGAAAUCCGUGACAAAGCGAUUCAGUCGUUGACCACUCAAAUGGGUCAACUUGCAAGUGAUGUGACAUUAUUGAAGAAAGCAAAAGGUCAAUUACCAAGUGACACGGUGAUAAAUCCCAAGAACACAAAAAGCAUUAACAUCAAUGUGGUAAGCACCGUUCCAAAUACUAAAUUUAAUGAAACAUUGCUAACUUCUUCGUAUCAAGUGAAUGCAGGUUUGGAAAAAGAUGCCGAAGUCGAGAAUAAUAAAGAGUAUGGAGCGCCAAUCGUGCCUAUCCGAGUGGGGAAACUAAAAAUUCCUCAUGCAUUAUUGGAUUAUGGGGCGAGCAUGAGUAUGUUACCAGGUGAUUUAUACGACAUGUAUGAUUUUGGUCCGCUUCAGGAUGUAGACACCAUGGUGAGUUUGGCGGAUGAAAGUUGGAGGCGUCCACGGGGAAUUGUUAAGAAUGUUAUGAUUCGAUUGCGAGAAUUCGAAUACCCGAUGGAUUUUCUGGUUUUAGAUUAUGCUACUACCAUGAUGGCGUCACAACAAAGGGUGAUUUUGGGUCGACCGUUUCUCUAUACGGCAAAUGCUCAAAUCGAUUGUAGAGAAGGAAUCAUUACCAUGACCGAAAAGAACCGUAACUUGUCAUUUGAUGUUCAGACUAAGAUGAUUAGUUACGAUUUUGUUGAGGCGAAGGAUAGCGGGUUUAGUGAAAAGGUGUUUCAAAGAAUGAGAAGAAAUUACCCACCGGAUCGUGAAGAAAAGCAUAAGGGUUCAAGUAAGAGUGUAUUUGAUUACCCAUCGAGUCGAAACGUGACGGAUGCAUUUUGCUCAAUGGCACGAGGAAGUGAUGGAGAUGGCAGGAACCGCUUCUUUGAGCCACCUUAA